AUGGCUUCUGCUUCAAUCACCUUCAAAACUGUUUUGCUGUCAACCAUUCUUGCUGCUGUCUUGGUGAAUUCGUACCGUUUCGAAGUUGGAGAUGAGAAAGGGUGGAUUAAACCAACUGGAAAGGAUCCUCAGACAUACAAUCAAUGGGCUGCUAAAAACAGAUUCCAUAUUGGAGAUACAGUUUAUUUCAAGUACAGAAAUGACUCAGUUCUGGAGGUGAACUCUGCUGAUUACUUGAACUGCAACACUUCAAACCCUAUGUCCAAAUUUGAAGAUGGAAACACAGUUUUCCAAUUUGAUCGUUCGGGGUUCUUCUAUUUCAUCAGCGGGCAGUCUGAUCACUGCAAAGUUGGUCAAAAGAUUAUUAUUCGAGUGAUGCAUCCCUCUGAAGUGGAGUCACCUGGGCCAGCUCCAUCCCCGGGAGGAGCUGGUGGUGGUUGGGAUUCAGACAACUGGGAACCACCGGGCAUUAAUUCUACCACCAAGCUCUAUGCUUUGUCUUAUUUCACGACUGUUGUGACAGGCCUGUUUAUUGUUCUCUACUUGUUCAUGUAA